AUGCGCGUCCACGCCGCCCCACGGGCGCCCGCAUGCUCCCCAGCGGCAGACACGUAUUGCGGCUUCCUGUCCCUCCCCACCGAGCUGCGUUGUCACAUCUACGACUGUCUCCUCGCCGAGCCGCACGCCAUCACCGUUUCUGCCGGCUACACGACCCUCUUCGGCCACCGCCUACGCGACAAAGCGCGCAAAGUCGACGUGCCUGGCCUCCCCCUGGAUUUCGCGCCCCUCGUGCGCAGCAGCCACGAUGCUGCACUCCUCUCCGUCGCCACACCGCCUGAAGUUGCGCUCGACCAGCAAGACGGGUGGAGUGGCGGCAGCCCGCAGCUGCACUUGCCCGGCCCACUCGCCUUGCUGCGCACGUGUCGCAUGCUCAACGACGAGCUCAGGGACUACAUGCGCGGCCGCAAAGCGCGCAACGCUGCCCGCAAAGCCGCGCGCACAAACGACACGCCGCCCACGGCCUCACACGACACAGAGGGCCUGUCGCUCUACCUAUCCUACCCUUACGGCGUCCUGGUGCUGAACCACCUCUACCCGUCUCUCCUCCAGCACGCGCGCCGCGUCUACCUCUCUGGCCACUACACGAGCGCCAAAGAGGCCCAUCUGCCGCUCAAUGCCUCCCUCGACUCCAACACCGACCUAAGCCUUACACCACAAUCCUCCUUCGCAGCGCGCACCCCAGUACGUUCCAUGUGCCGCGCCACCGCAAACCCCGCGCCCCGCCUCCGUUCCACUCGAACACGCCUGCGCCUUGAUCCCCCACUGCAGCAAGCCACGCCGCCGAGCAAACCACCGACAGCAUUCCCUGCUGUUGACAAAUCCACUUCCUCGACGGCCCUGGCAGCCCUUGCAGACACGCUCCGCGUCCUCUUCCCCCCCACGCCCGCUCCCACCGCCUGCAGACCGCCACAGCUCGUCUCUCUGCACGCGCGCAUUCUCUACCCCGGCGCAGACUCGUACUCCAGCGUCUGGAGCGACGAAAGCAGCCCAGUCAGCCAUCUGCUGCGAGGCAUCUGUGGAGGCAAGAUUGACAUGCAGGUCAAGCGCGGGAGUCUUGGAUGUGGAGUCAGUGUCGGCGUUGUACCGCAGCCGAAGAAGCGGGUAGUCAGUACAAGCUGGGAGAAUUGGAGGGUUGUCGAGCAGGCAACUGUCGCGCCCAACGGGAGGAGGAUGACCGCGAGAGGCAGAGAAGUACGGACCGAGGACCUUGAUCAGUUCUUGACAGGCGUCUAA